ACCUCCAGCCUGUACUUCAUCACAUCGAGUCCGCACAGACGGUUCAAGACAUCAAAAAACAUAUUGUUUACAGCCAAACCAAAAACCAGUGCCACGAUCUGUGGGAGCUAUUGAAGAACAGUUCCAAAAAAAAGAAGGCAGUUAGAAUGUUUCAUGCUAGCAUUUCAGCCAAAGCCAAGGCAGAAAUUUUGGAAGAAUUCAGGACCGGCUCUGUGCGGAUUGUGGUGUCAACUAUUGCUUUUGGCAUGGGCAUCGACAUUCCAGACGUUCAUGGUGUGGUGGUUUACCAUGUCCCAACAACCAUCGGGCAGCUGUAUCAGGAAGUCGGACGGGCUGGACGGAAUGGGGAACAGGCCAGUGCUGCCAUCUUUCAUGGCAAGGCUGACUUGAAGAAAGCUGCAAAGGACGUGACAGGUUUCAUCCAGAACAAAGGAUGUCUCCGAGAAGAGUUACUGAAGUGCCUUGGCCAGGAAAUGCAAGACCAGCCCGAGCAAUGUUGCAAUACGGAGGAAGAUGACAUCGACCCUGACGACCCCUCCUACUCCACUUUUAUAUUUCUGAGUUACACUGGUCCUCAACCUGACGGCAACCAACGACCCAGGCCCAUCUACCAGAAACGGCGCCAGGACACACAUAUGGGGAAUGAGUUGAAGGACAAACUUAGAGAAUUGCGGGACGAGUGGUACGUUCAGAGACCAGAACUGCUCCUCUUUGGACCAGAAGCUAUCAUGGCCGAGGAAACAAUCACCAGCAUCGAAAGCAAGUGCCGGUCAAUACAUAGUCUGGACGACCUGAACAAGAUAAAUGGCAUACCGGAGGACAAGGGAGAGGAAAUUCUGGGAGCCAUCAACCAGUUGUUCCCAGAAGAGCAACGCAGGACAGCAAGAGCAAGAAGGCGAAGGGGUCGUGGUGUAAGAGGAGCCCUCCAAGACAUCACGAACAUACAGUAGUAGAAAACAGAAUAUUACAGACCU